CCCACAUUAAAGCAGCCAGAUACAUUUGUAGGAGUUAUUUGCGUGUAAUUCACUGACCGUUUUCAGGAAAUGGGCACGUUUCGCUGGAAUAUGAGUCUGGGUGUAUUAAAUUACACGGAAAGUGCGCGUAGAUGGAGCGCGUGUUAUGAUGAGUGUGGGUCCAAGACAAAAUGGCGACGUGCGUAGGGACAGGCAGCUAUCACAAAGAGGGACGGUAACGGGAUGAUCGUGUGUGUUUUCGUAAUUGAGGAAAUACUUAAAUAGACACAACAGGUGAAUUGGAAUACUGAAGUCAGGCAAGUCAUGCGGUCUUUCGGUUAGAUCGAUCAGAGUAGCUGAAGUCAGCCAGCUCGCUAAAGAUCUCUUGCACCCACCCCCUGAGGAGGAGAAGAGGAGGCACAAGAAGAAGAGGCUUGUGCAAUGCCCUAACUCUUACUUCAUGGAUGUGAAGUGUCCAGGGUGCUACAAGAUCACGACAGUGUUCAGCCACGCGCAGACUGUUGUGCUGUGUGUGGGCUGCUCCACAGUGCUCUGUCAGCCCACAGGAGGGAAGGCACGCCUCACUGAAGGAUGUUCAUUCAGGAGGAAACAACAUUAGCUGUCUGGCUAAAGAGAUUGCUUGUUGGAAGGCUGGUGCUCAGCACAUUCUGUUUAGUUUGGACUGGAGAUGUGAACCAGCUGGACUGACUGAUCACUGUAACUCCAAGCUAUGGCCUUGUCUCAAUAAAUGUGGUCUUUUGGGUACAAGAUGGGGAUCACAUAUAAUUGACCAGUGAUUUCUUGUUUUUUAUCCAAUGUUUUUAUAUGAUUAUAAUAUGUAAUUUCUUCUAUCUAUGAUUUUUGGAGACAUCUAAGGUAGUUUCUUUCAACCCAGUCCUCAGGUUGAGAAACUGUUCUAGAGUUUAGGGAGAAUGUAUGAGAGUGAUAAUUGUGUAAUUCCUUCAGCAUAUGCAACACCUGGAAGCUACAUGCUGCUUUGUGGGUUUUCCAAACUGUUUUUUUGUGAGUAAUUUUUUAAUUCUGGACCUUUUCCAGCUUCAGGUAAAGUAGUGAUUCUGGCUGGGGUAUGACUGAAACUUCAAAUGUGGCAGAAAAAUGGCAGCAGGCCAGAGCAUAACCCUAAGGGGAGCCAGUGGAGAAGCCAUUGCUAACAGGUUAAAGCCCUUGGUCACUAAAAGCUUUUUUUAUCUAUAGAUGAGAUAGAUCUUAUCCUGAGCUAUUCUCUGCCUUGCACCUGUAACUCCUGGGAUAGACUCCAUACCACCCAUGACCCAGAAUGGGACUAAUGAGUUAUGUGUUUUAAUCGUUUCAAGAAUUAAGCUUUCUUUGAUAUGAAAAAAUACAUGGAUUAACAGGGAAGAUGGUAUUAGUGUUUACAGUGCAUGGUUCUCCAAGUAAGUUCCUAAUAUAAGGAUUAUGAGUGAAAAUAACUCUCUCUGGUGAAAUAUCUACUUGUAUAAUUAAUUGGAAGACUCAUUAAAUAUCUGCAUCUGGAUCAUUUUACCUCUUUGGUUUUGGGGAGUGGGGAAGGGCUAUCGUGUUUGAAGUCCUUUUCUUUGUUUUAAUGAGCAGUGGAUAAAUAACCUUAAAUCCCCUGGCUUGUAUUUAUGAACUACUUGAAUUAUAGUGCUGAAUGUCAUCUGUUGUUCCUGUCAUGUUCCAAACAUAUCUGCUUUCCUCAGUUAUCAGCUUAUAAAAAAAGCCAUACAUGGCAUGCUAUUACAUAAUCAAAGUUAUCUGACAGAUUAAAAAAAGCAAAGUCAGUCCAUUUGAAGAUAGUUCUCCUUUUCUGCUUAGAGUCCCUUUAUAGUGUGGUGAGUCAGGUGUCAACAACUCUUCUGGCUGUACUGUCUGAAAUAAAUUGUCAGACCAAU